AUGACCUUAUCUAUUUUCNAACCUUACACUAGCAAAGAAGAAGGCAUGAGCUUUAUCAAAGACAAAGUUGCAACCCAUCCAUCGUUCAGGGCAAUUUGCAUCAACAACAGGCCAAUUGGUGCUAUCACAGUCACGCCAAAAUCCGGUCAUGAUAAGUGUAGAGGUGAGCUUGGAUAUGUUUUGGCCUCGAAUUACUGGGGCAAAGGGAUUGCUACACAGGCUGUGAAGAUGGUGGCUAAAACUAUAUUUGAUGAAUGGCCACAUUUGGAGAGGCUGGAGGCUCUUGUAGACGUUGAAAAUGUGGGCUCACAAAGGGUGCUAGAGAAGGCUGGAUUCAAGAAAGAAGGUGUUCUUAGAAAGUAUUUGAUUCAAAAGGGAAGCACUCGAGACAUGGUCAUGUUUAGUCUUCUCUCCACUGAUCCUAAAACUUAAUCAUCUGUACAAAAUUUAGUUUGUAUAAUAUUCACUGUAGUUUGUUUUCUUUUAGCUGUUAUUUGUAUUCAUAAACAGAUCAUAAAAAUUGAACAUACAGGAUGUGAAUUUCCACCAUCCAUCCUUAUGAUGACCUUAUCUAUUUUCGAUGACUCCAAGUUGAUUAGGAUUAAUAAGUCUCUACAGCGGCGAAAAAACGCUAGAUGAGGUCCCUUUCUCAGCAAUUGUACAUCCAAUUGCCUUGGUGUACUAGUCAACUAAGGCGGCAUUAAAUACAGUUUCAUCUUGGCACUUCUCCUUUUUUCCCUCUAUAAUAAUUUAUUUAUCA